AUGCUAUAGACACCAUCCUGCUUGCAACCUAACAAAAAUUUCAUAUUUAGUGUAAUAUUAGCUGGUCUCUUUACUACAAGUUUGUGCUUAAGCAUAAUAGGUCCUUUCUUCCCACUCAAAGCAAGUGACUAUGAUAUUGAAUAAUAAAUGGUUGGCAUCAUUUAUAGUGGAUUCCCACUUGGUGCUAUAUCAUGUACUUUCUUAAUUCACAAACAGAUGAGCCUACACAGAAAGCCAUUUAUGAUUACUGGAAUUGUGUUUUAAGUUAUAGCUAUGAUAGGGUUUGCUACUUUAUUCUUAUGGAAUAGCAAGUCAUUGAUUAUCUGUUUAGCUUUUUUGUAUAGAGUAUUUUAAGGAAUAGGAUUAAGUAUGUUUGAGGCACCUUCCCUUUCAUUUUUGCCUCUUCUAUUUAAUAGAUAAUUGGAUGAAAAAAUUGGUUUAAUGGAAGGUGUCCAAAGCAUAGGAUUUAUGCUUGGACCUCUCUUAGGAAGUCUUUUCUAUUAUGUUGAUGGCUACUAGCUUGUUUUUUAUGCAAUUGGAAUCAUUUAAUUUUUAGUAUUACCCAUUACAUUUUUUUGUGUUCCUGAUUACAAAUAAGUUAAGAAAUCAUUUGGAACAUCAAAAAGCACUGAUAGAUCUUCUCUCAGUAACGAUUUGUAAAUUUAACUAUUGCUUAGGAAUAAUAGCUCUGAUGAAGAAGCUAGUAAAAUCUCUUACAAAAAAUCAAUUAAAAAUUAUAGAAUAAUUUUGAUGUUUUGUCUAAUUUUCUUAACCGCUUAUGGUUUCUUAUUUUUAGACUCAUCAUUUGCUUUGUAUCUUGAUGGAUAAUUUGGUUUAGAUUAACAUGCUAUUAACUAUAUAUUUUUUGCAAGCUAUUUCUGCAAUUUUAUCGCUUGUCAAAUUGUAUCCUAUUUUUCUAAUAAAUAAUAUAACAGUAUUAGAAUAUGUAUAGCUGGAUUUAUUAUUUCAUUUAUUUGCUACUUAUUUUUAGGACCUGCCGAUAUAUUCCCUUUUUAGCCUAUUUUAGGCUUGACAAUAGCUAUGAGAUGUAUUAUUUCUUUAAGCUAGUCUUUAGUAUACAUUCCUUCGAUGAAGGAGUUCUUUAACACUCUUUCAUCUAUCUUCCAUUUGAACUAAGAUGAUGAAUAAAUAGGAGAUAUGGCAAGCACGUUCUAUAUAUUAGCUUAGCAAACAGGAGAGCUUUUUGGUCCUCUAAUUGGAGAUUCAAUUUGUUAAUAUAGAAGUUUUUAAGAUGCAACAUUUUAUCUAGGAGUAUUUAAUGUAGCUGCUAUUUUGAUACUUUUUGUUGCUAAACUGCUUAUAAAAUAAGAUGAAACUUAAAAAAUAGUAUAUAGAAGAUAAAGUUAGCAUUUCUAUAUUAGUUUAUAAAAGGAAAGAUAAAUAAAAACCAGUAAAUUAGAAGAUGAACAGUUGACUACUUAAGAUUAAUAUGACAAAGAAGAUAAUAAAUAGACAUAAAACUGA